AUGUUAAACACGGAUGCUCAAGAUAGGAUUGUUUGGCGAUCUAGAGAGGGUACUGAUAUGGAAUAUAGCACUUAUGUCGUUUGGGAUGAUAUACGCCAAGUGCCGGAUCAGGUUCCUUGGGCUUGUAUAGUGUGGUUUCCUCAGGCUAUCCCUCGUCAUUCGUUUCUAAUGUGGCUUCUUGUUUGCAAGAAACUUAAAACUCAAGAUAUGAUGUGCAAAUGGCGAUCGGCGGGUAAUGCAAAUUACAACCUCAUGUGCUGUUCCUUAUGUACAUCGGGGCCUGACUCUCAUGAUCACCUCUUCUUUGAAUGCGAAUUUGCAUCUCAGAUUUGGUAUGGGGUUCGAGAAAAAUCUGGUAUGCGAAGUAUCGAAAAUACGUGGGAGAAGAUUUUGAAUCAUUUAUUGCAGCAUGCUGACUCUAAACAGGCUACUCAUAUCAUUGGCAAGUUAGUGGUAGGGGCAUCGGCUUACUUUGUUUGGCAGGAACGUAAUAACCGUUUGUUCUCUUCGAAAAAAAGGAAUGCAGCUCAAUUGAUUGAGGUGAUUUUAAUGACAGUCCGUAUGAAGUUACACACAAUGAAGUUUAGGAGGACAAGCCACGUGAAUCAAGUUUUGCUCGAGUGGAGAUUACCGCGAGAUUUGCUUAUGGAUCAAGAUAAAUGCGGCUAG